AUGAAGGUGAUAGGAGUGAAGGCAGCGGCACAGCAGAUCCCAUUCUCAGCAGCUGCUGCAACGUGUGGGACCUGCAGUCGCUUGAGCAGCGAAUUCUCCUCAGUUUCGGGACUCCUUCUCCUAUCCCAUGCUGACGUCACCCCGCCAGCUGUCACCUCCUCCUUGCGCCACAUGGCGCACGCACUCCUCUCUCUAGAGCCCCAUCCCGGCCACUCCCUCCUCCCUCUCUCCCUCCUCCUCUCCUCUCCAUCACUCCCUCAUCCCUCACCCUCUUCCCAUAACCCCUUGGGAAACUCACCUGUUGUCCCUGCCACGACUAGCAGUAGCAGCAUCAGAGCGGCCUCUGGUAAUAUUGGUGGGGGAGGCAGCGGCAGGAGCGAGGGUGGUGGCAGCAUGGGCAUGGAUGGGGACUUCAUGGGGGAUCGGCAUGUGUUGCCGGGAGGCAUACUGGUGUUGCAGCAGAAGAGGGCUUCAGGGAAGUUCCGAACUGCGCUUGAGGAGUUUCAUUUUGACCGGCAAGGGGCAGUGCACAUCAGCGCACAGACCAGAGGCUCUGUGCGAACACCACAGCAGCCCUCCCCGCCCACUGAAUCACCUGUGGCCGCGCCGCAAUCCUCCCUCGCUACCGACAGCAGAAGAGACGGCUCCAAAGUACCUCCUGCAAGCGUACCUCUUCCACAGGAACAGCCUGGCGUAGACACAGUUGUAGGGCCACAUGCAGGGGCGAGAGGGAGAGGGGAGGUUGCAGAUGUGGAGCCAAUCAGGGCCAAGGGAGAUCGGGCACCUGAGGUCACCUUCCGCCUUGAGCUUUCAGAGGAGGAACGGGCAGCAAGAGAGAAAGUGGUACUUCCAUACGAGCACCGAGGCGAAACUGGUCCAAUCAAGAUUUACGACGGGAGGAGGAGCCUUGCGCCAAGCCACCUCAAGGGAACAGCAAAGACUGUUGGAGAGAGUUCAGUUGGUGGUGUGUCGGCUCGUAUGGCGGAGCUUGCAGUGGGCACCCCUGGGGGCGAAUGGAGCGAAGGCGGGGGUGGGGGUUUGAUUCAUUAUGAGCGUGAUUCGGAUGAUGAGUACCCAGAUUCGGAUGAGGACCCCGAUGAUGAUCUGGAUAUAUAG